GAUUCUGGGGGAUUUAUGUGUUGCUGCAGACUCCCUCAGUGAUGUUUGUUAGAACCGACGUCGCGCUCUAGUCCAGAUAGUUUUCAACCCCCCGGAAAAACUAGAAAUGCAUUUUCGACUAUUUGUGGUAUUUACUGUAUUCCAGCAAACUUUCGAUAUUUGUUUUGGUCUACCGGAUACCAUCAAAAUAGGCGGACUAUUUCACACUGCCGGCGAUCCUCAGGAAGUUGCUUUUCGCCAAGCUGUCGAGAAAAUCAAUGCGGACCGUUUGAUAUUGCCCGGUUUAAAGUUGGUACCCGAAAUUGAAAUUAUCUCCCCCCACGACAGCUUUCACGCAUCAAAACGAGUAUGUUACCUUCUCAAAUUAGGAGUAGCUGCAAUUUUCGGGCCACAGUCAUCCCACACAGCUGGUCAUGUACAAAGUAUAUGUGAUACAAUGGAGGUCCCCCAUUUAGAGAAUAGAUGGGACUAUAGAUUGCGACGAGAAAGCUGUUUAGUAAAUUUAUACCCCCAUCCCAGCACACUCUCUAGGGCCUACGUAGAUAUUGUUAAAGCUUGGGGCUGGAAAUCUUUCACCAUAAUCUAUGAGAACAAUGAUGGGCUAGUUCGAUUGCAGGAGCUGCUGAAAGCACAUGGACCUUCUUCAUUUCCGAUUACAGUGAGGCAGUUGAGUGAUACUGGCGAUUACAGGUUACUUCUAAAGCAAAUUAAAAACUCAGCGGAGGCACAUAUCGUUUUGGACUGUUCAACAGAUAAAAUCUACGAAGUCCUGAAACAAGCCCAACAAAUCGGGAUGAUGAGCGACUACCACAGUUACUUGAUAACAUCAUUAGACCUGCACACUCUAAACCUAGAAGACUUCAAAUACGGUGGAACUAAUAUAACUGCAUUUCGAUUAAUCAAUGCCAAGACAGUCCAGGAUACAAUAAAAAAUUGGGGAUCUGGAAACAUAACAUCUGUGAGAGCCGAAACCGCCCUAAUGUAUGACGCAGUACAUCUUUUCGCGAAAGCUCUCCAUGAUUUAGAUACAAGUCAGCAAAUCGACAUUCACCCCUUAUCGUGUGAUGGUCAAGAUACUUGGCCCCAUGGGUACAGCCUAAUUAAUUAUAUGAAAAUAGUAGAAAUGAAAGGCCUAACAAAUGUGAUAAAAUUCGAUCAUCAAGGAUUUCGUACUGACUUCAUUUUAGACAUAGUAGACUUAGGACCCAACGGCCUCAGAAAAAUCGGCACAUGGAAUUCAUCGCUUCCGAAUGGCGUGAAUUUCACUAGAACUUUCCGGGAUCAGCAACGAGAAAUCGAGGAGAAUUUGAGGAAUAAGACAUUGGUGGUGACGACGAUAUUGAGUGCUCCCUACUGCAUGAGAAAAGAUUCGUCCGACAAACUCAGUGGUAACGAUCAAUUCGAAGGAUAUGCAAUCGACCUAAUUCAUGAGAUAUCCAGAAUAUUGGGAUUCAGUUAUACAUUCCGUUUGGUUCCUGAUGGUCGCUAUGGUAGCUACAACAAGCAAAUAGGUGAAUGGGAUGGGAUGGUUCGCGAAUUGCUGGAGCAGCGAGCAGAUCUAGCUAUUGCUGAUCUAACAAUAACCUUUGACAGGGAGCAGGUCGUAGAUUUUACUAUGCCCUUCAUGAAUCUCGGAAUCACGGUGUUAUACAGGAAACCAGUUAAGCAGCCUCCAAAUUUAUUCUCAUUUCUAUCGCCACUUUCAUUAGACGUCUGGAUUUACAUGGCGACUGCAUAUUUGGGAGUGUCCGUUUUACUUUUCAUUCUGGCAAGAUUCACCCCAUACGAAUGGCCCUCAUAUGGAAACAACAAUUCAGAGAAGGUCGAAACCCAGUUCACUUUGCUGAAUUGCUUAUGGUUUGCAAUUGGCUCACUGAUGCAACAAGGUUGUGACUUUCUGCCAAGGGCUCUGUCAACACGAAUGGUAGCCGGUAUGUGGUGGUUUUUCACUUUAAUCAUGAUCUCCUCAUACACUGCCAACCUAGCUGCAUUUUUAACCGUCGAACGAAUGGAUUCACCAAUUGAAAGUGCCGAUGACUUGGCGAAACAAACAAAAAUCAAAUAUGGUGCCCUAAGGGGCGGCAGUACUGCUGCUUUCUUUCGAGAUUCUAAAAUAUCAACAUAUCAAAGGAUGUGGUCUUUCAUGGAAUCAGCGAGACCCUCUGUUUUCACGUCCAGCAAUCAAGAAGGUGUUGAACGGGUUAUUAAGGGAAAAGGCAGCUACGCCUUUUUAAUGGAAUCAACAUCUAUUGAGUAUGUAACAGAAAGAAAUUGUGAUCUUACACAAGUAGGAGGAAUGCUAGAUACUAAAGGCUAUGGGAUCGCAACCCCGCCAAAUUCUCCUUACAGGACAGCAAUAAAUGGGGCCGUUCUCAAAUUACAAGAGGAAGGAAAACUGCAUAUACUUAAAACUCGAUGGUGGAAAGAAAAACGAGGUGGAGGAGCGUGUAGGACAGAACCAUCGAAAUCAACAUCAGCUGCCAAUGAAUUGGGUCUAGCGAAUGUUGGUGGAGUGUUUGUUGUCCUCAUGGGAGGAAUGGGAGUCGCUUGUGUCAUAGCUGUUUGUGAAUUUGUCUGGAAAUCUCGAAAAGUAGCCGUUGAGGAACGUCUUAGUGCCAUCCUGCAUGACUGAGAAUUAACCGAAUUGUAGCCUAAUCUCUAUAUCAUCUCAUAAAACCGAUCGAUUGCAACGGAUCCUGUAUUAUUUGGUUUUUACUGUAAGUAGAGGUCAUAAGAAAUCAUACUUUUCCUGAAAAUACGUUAUCUUGGGACUUUUUUUAAAGCAACUAACAAACUGUGCUUUAAUUCUGUAAAUUUUAGAAUUUGUAAAAAUUUGAAAUGAAUUAAUUAUAUAUUAAAAUGAAAUCAAUGAUUCGUUUCCAUUACAAUAAAGAAUGCAUUGAAUUCAAGAUGUACAACGUGUUAUUAAUCUUUAAGAUGUAAGAAAUGAUCAAGUUAAACUAUUAUUAUUAAAAAAAACUUGUGUAGGUGCAUAAUUCAGAUAAAAGUCUCCAUUUUAAUUUAUCUUAAACUACAUUGAAUUUAGGGAAAGCAUCAUAAGAAACAUAAACUUUAAAGUCAGCUUAAGUCUAUCCUAGGGAAACACUGUACAAUAUUUAAGACACUGUUCGUAACCCCGUAAUUGUAUUAUAUUUUUUAAUACAGUUUGGAGUAUAUAAUAUUUAUAACGAUAAUAAACAAGAUUAAU